AGGGUUUAGCGAUUUUGCGGGCACAGAAAUUAACGCAAAAUGGAAAGUCCUCAGUAUUCGGAGGAGCUUGCAAUGUUUCAAAAUUACCGUCGAUUUGGGCCGAGUGACGUCAUCACAAUGUGCAUUUAGCCGUAUUCACUUCGACUCACGUGCGAUGAACAUGAGUACAGCUAGUAAGUCUCGUUUGCCAACAGACGUCACCGUGAAACACAAUUUCUUGCAAUUCAAGAAGUUUUCUGCAAAAUUAACAGCGGCCAAGGAUCAAGGAUUUUUGGUCACAACAAUCAGAAAAAAUAAACCCUCCUUGAGAUCCUGUACAGGCUGUCAUAUCAGAUAUCACCAUGCAGUGGAUCUGAGUAGUUUCUGUUUCCUUUCAGACCUCUGUUUCUGUUUUUCUGGAAAGCAGCUCAGCUCUCUGCCUGAUAAACCAAAUAAGCAAAUAUAUCUUGCUUGAUUUUUUUAAAUAUUUUAUUUUUUUGGUGUUGCCAGAUUCAGAUUAACCACUUCACUUUGAGUUAAAAUAAAGCAGCUGAAGACUUGGUCAUGUCACCUCAUCUUCUGUUCAGUCUGUUUUCAUGUAGGCUUAAGGACACUUUCUGGGUAUUUCUGGUUACUUUGUAGUUCUCUGUACUCAUUUUCUUGUGCGAGUGUUCAAUAAGAGUUGUUUUCGAAUCUAAAAGGCCAGAGUUAUAGUAAAUAAAAUGGCACAUUGAUCUCAAUAUUGACUUUAACCACCAAGUGAGUAACGUAUUGCCUUUUUCUCUCUUUGUCUGAUCUCAACCGUUGUAUGCCUGCUUGUGGUGCCUCGCCACUCAUCAUCUUCCGCUUCCCACUCCUCCUCCGCCUCCUCUUCUCAAUUGGCCCUCGUAAGCGAAACCUCGUGAGCUUCCCGAGACUCGUCUUGAAUCCGAGGUGGUUCCUAAAGUGGCCCGGAUGACCGUCUCCGGAAAGAAGCAGACCAUGGGCUUCGACGUGCCAAGCUCCGAGGAGAACGGAGUCAGCCCGUCCGUGCGCAGAGGUCCGAGCCCGGUAGCAGCUCCGGAGACUCCGUCUAAAGCGGCGUGUGUGGCGGAGGAAUCGGCGGCCCCGACCCCGCCCCGCUCCACCAGUAAAAACAAACAGCAGCUCAACAUCCGCACCGAGCUGGAGCAGAGGCAGGGAGGGAAACCACUCCUCAACCUCGUCGUCAUAGGCCACGUGGAUGCGGGUAAGAGCACGCUCAUGGGUCAUCUCUUGUACCUGUUGGGGAACGUGAAUAAACGCACCAUGCACAAGUAUGAGCAGGAGGCGAAGAAAGCUGGCAAGGCAUCUUUCGCUUACGCCUGGGUGCUGGACGAGACCGGAGAGGAGCGAGACAGAGGGGUGACCAUGGAUGUGGGCAUGACCAAGUUUGAGACCAACUCCAAAGUUGUGACCCUGAUGGAUGCACCAGGCCACAAAGACUUUAUUCCUAACAUGAUCACUGGAGCAGCACAGGCAGACGUAGCCGUGUUGGUGGUGGACGCCAGUCGGGGAGAGUUCGAGGCCGGGUUUGAGGCCGGUGGUCAGACCAGGGAACACGCGCUCCUUGUUCGAUCUCUCGGCGUCACACAACUUGCUAUCGCUGUUAACAAGAUGGACCAGGUGAACUGGCAGCAGUCGAGGUUCCAAGAAAUAACUUCCAAACUUGGCCAAUUUCUCAAGCAGGCUGGUUUCAAGGAGAGUGAUGUGUAUUACAUCCCUACCAGUGGCCUUUCAGGACAGAAUCUCACCACCAGGAGUACUGAAGCAGCGCUCACAGCCUGGUACAAAGGCCCGUGUCUACUGGAACAGAUAGAUUCAUUUAAAGCGCCUCAGAGAUCAGUGGAGAAGCCCUUCAGACUCUGCGUGUCAGACGUCUUUAAAGAUCAGGGUUCUGGCUUCUGUGUGACGGGGAAAAUCGAAGCUGGCUUCGUUCAGACAGGAGACCGGAUGCUGGCCAUGCCUCCCAACGAGACCUGCACUGUGAAAGGUAUCACUCUUCACGAUGAGCCGUUAGACUGGGCAGCUGCCGGGGACCACGUCAGUCUGACCGUCACAGGGAUGGACAUCAUAAAGAUCAAUAUCGGCUGUGUGUUCUGUGACCCCAAGGAGCCCAUCAGGGCCUGCACUCGUUUCCGAGCCAGAAUCCUGCUGUUUAACAUCGAACUGCCAGUCACACAAGGCUUCCCCGUUCUGUUGCACUACCAGACGGUGAGUGAGCCUGCCACCAUCAGAAAGCUCGUCAGUGUGUUACACAAAACCAGCGGCGAGGUUCUGAAAAAGAAACCGAAAUGUUUGAGUAAAGGUCAGAACGCUGUGGUGGAGAUUCAGACUCAGAGACCUGUGGCUCUGGAGCUCUAUAAGGACUACAAAGAACUCGGGCGCUUCAUGCUGCGUUAUGUGGGUUCCACCAUCGCUGCUGGGGUCGUCACAGAGAUCAAAGAUUAAACUGCAGCUGCACCCAGAUCCUUCAGAACACGCUGACGGGACUGAGGAGCCACUGAACAGAAGUGCAAUUCCACCCUUAAACUGGACGUCACACACAAUCUCCCUCAUCCAUCCUCAUCGCAAGCUCAUUCACAUCCGCUCUCGUCUCGAACACGAAGGCUCGGUGUCUGCAUGCCUUAGAUUCCCUCCAUUGUUUCAUUAGUGGCUGUUUAACACCACACCAGCACAGUUUGUUUACACCGACGACGUCCCUGAUGAACAAACCCAAAAACUUUUCUUCUGAUUGUUUUAUUAUUUUAUGUAAAUCUGAUUAUAACAACAACAACAAAAAAAAGUGCAAUUCACCCCGGAUGGGGUGAGGAUGUUUUUAAGAUUCAUUUUCUUUCCUUUUUUUUUUUUUUUUUUGAGGUUAUUUAUGAAUUAUUCAUCAAGGGCUUUGGCACCACAGUACCAAAUAUGGUAAUAUGCAUUGAUAUUUCUAAACUCCCUUCUCUUGUAUCCAUUGAUGCUGAUGAUCCUAUGGCUGAAUGGAAAUUCAGGAGGGGAGGGGGGGGGGGGGGGGGGGGCAAACAAAUUACAAUCUACAACUGUGCCCCGAACCUAAAGCAACACUAAAGAUCUGAUCCAGCAGAGACCGCGAGAGUUCAAAGCAGGUUAGGGUUCUCGUGGUACAAGCACCUGAAGAAACUGUGAGCUGCUGAGAAGCUCUGGCAGCAGUGAGACGUAUUUAAAAUGGGUUUAUUGAAGCUAAACUUGUUCAAACAUCUGACUGCUGCUUCAGUAAGAAAAUAAAAUCAUGAAAAUGA